CUCCCCAAAUUUUCUGGACCAAUAUGGUGGGUAGGGCUCAUAGAACAAGAUGUGCUAACUGGCUCCUUGCUCCCUUCUUUUCUUCCAGGAGCGACAGCUCUUUCAACUUCUUCGUCUUCUUCUUCAUCUUCUUUGCACAGGACGUGGUUUUUGUUCUGCAGGCCAUCGGCAUUCCCGGCUGGGGCUUCAGUGGUUGGAUCGUGAGCCUCUCAGCCCUGAAGCUGAACACUGGUGUGGCCGUCCUCAUGAUGCUGGUUGCGACCCAAUUCACGGCUGUGGCUGGACUGGGCAUUAUCAUGCUCAAACGGGUUAGAUCGUGGCUGAACCAGGAGCAGUCCUUCCAUACAAAACUUCUCAUCUUCUUAAAUCCUAUCACCACACCAUCAGCCAUGCCACGCUGGAGACUCCCGUUUCAGAGGCCCCAUCGUGUUGCAGACAUUCAAACGGAGGAGGAAAAGCUUCUACUAAGUAUUCCACGAAAGCGUAGAAGCUUCUGGAAGAGGGUAAAGAGUUUAUUCUCUUGUAUCUCGGCCGAAAGGAGGGCUGUGGUGCGCCCCCAGAAGGGCCAGAGGGGGAGGCUGGCUAGUCGCAUUCCAUCUCUCGAGACCAUCUUCGAGGAGGAAGAGGAGGAAGUGGUCCUGGAGGAGCUGGCCAGUCUGCCUCCAGACGUCCCCACCGACGGGGAGGAGGAAGACAAAGAAGAAGAAGAGGAGGAAGAGGAAGAGGAAGUAGAGGAGGAACAACGAGAAGAGAAGGAAGAAGAGAAAGAGAAGGGAGAAGAAGAGGAGGAGGAGGAGGAGGAAGAGGAACAGCUUAGCCACUUUUAUCAUUUUGUUUUAAAUAUGCUUGACAUUUGAAAACAUUUUUUAAAAAUUACAAAAAAGAAGUGGAGGAGGAAGGACUUCCGGUUGGUUGAGACCCUCCUGUAGCAAAUUUGUGCGUUGGCAGCUCUAGCAGUGCUUCAGUCCUGACUCAAGAAGGCUUCUUGACUCAAACCAUUGUGCAUUGUGGAUGACGUGUCUCUCAGGGCUCUGAGAGACAGCUGAGACAUGUGAGUCUGGGUGCACAAUAACCCCCUCCUUUGAAAGACGGUCAGAGGUCUAGGAGGUAAGACCCUCAUGGUGCGACCGGCCGACGGUGUCAGAAGGGGCACCCCCCCAAGGAGGUGCCUCCAAAAUGCCCGGCAAUGGCGCACAAAGAGGGAAGACCCGUGUCCACAGCAAGGAAGCCAUUGGCCUCCAAUACCCCCACCGCCACCAGCACAAAACAAAGAUGAUUUGCUAGAACAAAACCAGAAUUUGUGACAAAGCAACUGCCCCCUGAGAAUACACCAGCUGAUUAUCGGAGGCAAGCAACAUCCAUGAAACACGCCACCGGAAAGGGAAUUACAAGAAAUUAAAGGAAAAUCAAAGAAAAGUUUGCUAAGGCGAGGCAGGCCCGCCGGGUCGAGGGACGACGCCUUCCGACGGCUUAUUCUUUCGAAACCGUUUCCGAGCCACAGGA